AUGGAGGAAGCAAAGACCCUCAUCAGGACCACUGUCCGCACCUUCUUCACCCACCCAAAGCAAAUCCUGAUCAUCGAUGCCCUCAUGUUGCAUUCCGUUUUGCACAUCGAAGACCUCGCCGUCCUUCUCUCGACACAGCCCAAGGACAUCCGCGCACUCAUCAAUCCCCUCAGAAAUGCUCGCCUACUCACUACUCAUUCUCGAGUUGAAGUCCGUGUCGGCACUCAACGAGGUGUCACUAGAGACUACUAUUACUGCCCGUUCCACCCAGCCAUCGACGCCAUCAAAUUCCGCAUCGCCAAGCUCCGCAAAAGAGUCAACGACCUAUACAAAGAAGACGAAACGAAACGGAAGGAUUGGCGAUGUCCUCGCUGCAAAGCCGAAUACGAAGAACUAGAUAUUCUGGAUAAGAUUGGCGACGAAGGAUUCUACUGCGACCGGUGCGGCGCCACCUUGGUUCAGAACAUGCAGGCCCUGAAAGAGAAAGGCUCACACGAGAAAAUCCUAAAACUCAACUCCCAGCUAAAGAAAUUUGACGACAUCGUCCACAAGAUAGACCAUAAAGACAUCCCAGAGAACGACUUCAUUUCAGCCUGGGAGCGUAAGAAGGAUGUUCCCCGGGAACGUGGUGGCAGAGAGCCUAAUCAGUAUAUGGAACUGAAACGAGACGACAAAAACGCAAAACGAGGACCGGAUAUGGUCAAGGUUGAGAAUUUGGCUGUCAAUUUGACGAGUGGCGCUGAGCAAGACCGUGAAGAAGCGGAGAAGAAAGAAGAGAGGCGACGUCUGCUGGCGAAACAGAAUCAGCUACCAGCCUGGCACACAUCGAGCGCAAUUGGGCUCAAUGGCUUGUCAAACUCGGUCAAAGCCGAAUCAAGUGACAUAAAUGGAUUGCUCAAAAAGGAGGAAGACCUCGAUGAGAAGAAGCCAGCUGAUCUGCUCAACGAUAUCUCUUCCUCAUCCGCGACAGCCCCUGCGACUACGACCAAUAUGCAGGACGAGGUUGCCGCAUACAUGGCCGAGAUGGAACGCGAGCGUGAAGAAGCAGAGAAACGUGCGAAGGAAGAAGACGAAGAGGACGAUGAGGAUUUUGAAUUUGAAGACGUGGUCGGCACAAGCGUGGUCGGCACACCUUCAAGCUUCUCACAGCCCACUUCGUCCAUGCAAGUUAGCAAUGGCAUCAAGCGCGAAUUCGAAGAUGACUCUAGCGACGCAAACACCCCGGCCAGCUUCGAUGUUAGAGACCGAGAUACGAAACGAGUGAAAUUUGAGAACGGCAUCAAUCCCUCCGGCGUUGGCAGCGUAGGUGCAAGCAUUAAAAGCGAGGGGCUUGGUCAUACGAACUUACCUGCAAGCAUCAAAGCUGAAGGUGAUGCAGAUUCAGAUGAAGAUGAGGACUUCGAAGAUGCUAUCUGA